CCUUCCGGGUUUCACUGAUGGAAGAUCUGGGGCGGUGACAGCACAAUUCACAUGGAGCCCAUAUCGUCUCUCCAUCACCAUCGCACUCCUCCUCCGCUUCUUCUCGUCCCUCUAACCUCCUGCUCCUGAACUCCACACAGCUAGAGGUUGAGUUCACCGGAGGAUCCAAGCAAGCCGCCGGGAGAUCCUCUGCCGCCUCCGCAAUGGAGGAUGCGUAUGCGAGAUCCGCUUCCGAGGUAUUAGAUUUCUUCGGAGUUGACCCAAGCAAAGGACUUGCUGAUUCUCAGGUUCUGAGACAUGGAAUGCUCUACGGCAGAAAUGUGCUUCCGGAAGAAAAAAGUAAGGACUCCCUUCUGGAAGUUGGUUCUAAAACAGUUCGAUGAUUUGCUUGUGAAGAUACUGAUUGCCGCCGCUAUUAUUUCUUUUAUCUUGGCUUUGAUUAAUGGAGAGACAGGCUUAGCAGCAUUUUUAGAGCCUUCUGUUAUUUUGAUGAUAUUGGCUGCCAAUGCAGCAGUAGGAGUAAUUACAGAAACAAAUGCUGAGAAAGCACUCGAGGAGCUACGUGCCUAUCAAGCUGAUGUUGCGACAGUGUUAAGAAAUGGUUGUUUCUCUAUCCUUCCGGCAACAGAGCUCGUUCCAGGAGAUAUUGUAGAAGUUAGUGUGGGCUGCAAGGUCCCAGCUGAUAUGAGAGUGGUCGAGAAGCUAAGUGACAUAUUACGCGUGGAUCAAGCCAUUCUUACUGGUGAGAGCUCCUCUGUUGAAAAAGAGCUUGAAUCCACUGUUGCAACCAAUGCUGUAUACCAAGACAAGACAAAUAUUCUUUUCUCGGGUACUGUAGUGGUUGCUGGUAGGGCAAGAGCAAUUGUGGUUGGAGUUGGUGCUAAUACCGCUAUGGGUAGCAUACGUGAUUCCAUGUUGCGGACUGGGGAUGAAGUGACGCCAUUGAAAAAGAAGCUGGACGAAUUUGGUACUUUUCUAGCCAAGGUCAUUGCAGGGAUAUGCGUGCUGGUAUGGGUUGUCAACAUUGGCCACUUUCGUGACCCUUCCCAUGGUGGAUUCCUGCGCGGCGCCAUUCAUUAUUUUAAGAUUGCAGUUGCUCUUGCAGUUGCAGCAAUUCCAGAAGGGCUUCCUGCUGUUGUCACCACGUGCUUGGCCCUUGGAACAAAGCGAAUGGCCCGGUUAAAUGCCAUUGUCCGAUCCUUGCCAUCUGUAGAGACCUUAGGCUGCACAACUGUUAUUUGUAGUGACAAAACUGGAACUCUGACGACGAACAUGAUGUCUGUAUCAAAGAUCUGUGCAGUUCAAUCGGUGCAUCAUGGUCCUAUUAUGGCCGAGUACACCGUCAGUGGGACAACAUAUGCCCCAGAAGGAUUUAUUUUCAACGAUAAUGGUGCCAAGCUUGAAAUUCCUGCACAGUUCCCUUCUCUUCUCCAAGUAGCAAUGUGUUCUGCCUUGUGCAAUGAAUCUAUUUUACAGUACAAUCCAGACAAGGAAAAUUAUGAAAAAAUUGGUGAGUCAACAGAAGUUGCCCUCCGUGUUUUGGUGGAGAAGGUUGGCCUUCCUGGUUUUGAUUCUAUGCCUACUGCGUUGAAUGUUUUGAGCAAGCAUGAUCGUGCUUCUUACUGUAAUCACUAUUGGGAAAACCAGUUUAAGAAGGUUUCUGUUUUAGAAUUUUCUCGGGAUCGCAAAAUGAUGAGUGUUCUUUGUAGCCGGAAGCAUAUGGAGUUAAUGUUUUCUAAAGGUGCUCCAGAGAGUAUACUUUCUAGAUGUACGAGCAUACUUUGCAAUGAAGAUGGCUCGACUGUUCCACUGACCCCUGAUGUCCGAGCUGAGCUGGAGGCAAGAUUCAUCAGGUUUGCAGGAAAAGAAACAUUGAGAUGCCUGGCUUUGGCUAUGAAAAGGAUGCCUUUGGGCCAACAAACCCUCUCAUUUGAUGAUGAGAAAGAGAUGACAUUUAUUGGGCUGGUUGGAAUGCUUGAUCCACCUAGAGAAGAAGUCAGAAAUGCCAUGCUUUCAUGCCUGACUGCUGGUAUACGUGUUAUUGUUGUUACCGGCGAUAACAAGUCUACAGCUGAGUCACUCUGCCGUAAGAUAGGUGCCUUUGAUCACUUGGUAGAUUUUUCUGGACACUCCUACACUGCGUCUGAGUUUGAAGAACUUCCUGCCUUGCAGCAGACACUUGCACUACAACGAAUGGCACUUUUCACCAGGGUCGAGCCUUCUCAUAAGAGGAUGCUGGUUGAGGCUCUACAGCACCAAAAUGAAGUGGUUGCGAUGACUGGUGAUGGUGUUAAUGAUGCACCUGCAUUAAAGAAAGCUGAUAUUGGAAUUGCAAUGGGAUCAGGAACAGCUGUUGCCAAGAGUGCUUCAGACAUGGUCUUGGCUGAUGAUAAUUUUGCAUCCAUUGUUGCGGCUGUUGCAGAGGGUAGAGCAAUAUAUAACAAUACAAAACAGUUCAUCAGAUACAUGAUUUCAUCAAAUAUUGGUGAAGUUGUGUGUAUUUUUGUGGCAGCUGUCCUUGGAUUACCAGAUACCCUUGCCCCGGUCCAGUUACUGUGGGUCAAUUUGGUUACCGAUGGACUGCCAGCUACUGCAAUUGGUUUUAACAAACAAGAUACUGAUGUGAUGAAAGCCAAACCCCGUAAGGUUGGUGAAGCUGUUGUCACUGGGUGGCUGUUCUUCCGUUAUUUGGUAAUCGGAGCUUAUGUUGGGCUCGCCACUGUAGCGGGAUUCAUAUGGUGGUUCGCUUAUUCAGAUGACGGCCCCAAGUUACCUUAUAGUGAAUUGAUGAAUUUCGACACUUGCUCGUCAAGGGAGACAUCCUAUCCCUGCAGUAUCUUCGAUGACCGGCAUCCCUCAACAGUCUCAAUGACUGUCCUUGUUGUAGUUGAGAUGUUCAAUGCCCUGAAUAAUCUUAGUGAAAAUCAGUCCCUUCUAGUUAUCCCUCCAUGGAGUAAUUUAUGGCUUGUCGCCUCAAUCAUCCUGACCAUGAUUCUUCACUUACUAAUUUUGUAUGUGCACCCACUGUCUGUCCUUUUCUCUGUAACACCACUAUCUUGGGCUGACUGGAGUGUCGUUUUAUAUCUUUCCUUCCCCGUAAUUAUCAUUGAUGAGGUCUUGAAGUUCUUCUCAAGGAAUCCUGCUGGCCUAAGAUUCAGAUUUAGACUGAGACGACCUGAUCUGCUCCCUAAAAAGGAAUUGCGCGACAAAUGAGGAACUUACCUGGCACUUCCGGAAAUUUUGUAUCACCUCAGGUAUAAAUUAUACAUCAGCCAUGCCGCCUUUGGACGCAAGCUUCUUGUCUACUUCCGUGUGCAUCACAAAUUUAUUGUGUGAGGAGCUUUCUGACAAGGAAGAUUUUACAAACUUAUCCUUUUCAGUCACUGUCAAUUACAAGUAGUGGUCUAGCAACAUUACACGCACGGUUCGGAUUGUUGUAUCACAUGACAAACUACAAAGUAUUUGUGUACAUUUUGGAAAUAUUGUGCACAGAUAAUCGAUACUUUUGUUCAAUUUUGGAUCAAGAAUGUUAUAGAUAA